AUGGCUCUUUUUGCAAGAUUUAACAUUCCUCCAUCCAAUGAAUACUGUGCAGAUGGUGGAAGCGACAUUCUAUUUCGAACGGUUUCAAGAGAAAUCUGCCAAGGAAUGAAUGACACGUGUGUCAGAAUCAUCUCGGAAGGUGACGAAAAAAAGAAAUUAGUGAUCCGUGGAUGUCAAUCGACACUCGUCAAAGCUGGAUACGACCUGGUCACUAAUUAUUCAUGCCAUCGUUAUACGGAUACAACCUCCUCCGAAUGCAUAACCACCUGCCAACAGCCCCUCUGCAACAUUUCUCACGGAUCUGCUUUAAUCCCUCUUCUAAUUAUUCUGAGCUUGAUUGUUUUCUGA